CCAACCCACACGGUCAACAACUCACGGGAAAAAGACAUACUGUAAUUAAACGAGCCCUCGGAAAGGCGAAGGCUCUGACGCAGUUCGUAAAGUGCACUGGAAUCGUCGGUAACCAAUAUAACCAACAGUCCCACCAACACCCCCGCAACUGGCAUUCCCAGAGGAGAGAGCAGAAAGCCAAAGCUUGCACUCGGCCGAGCAGUCUGUAUCACUGCCGAGACACUCCUUCAAGCCUUCACCGCAUCGCAUUCCUCGCUGUCACUCACCCAAGCCAACGACGCAAUGGAAGGCUAUCCUCCCAACCUCCAUCACCACGCAGCAUCAGGGACAGCUGCCGCUCGCUUGCUCGCCGACUUCCCUUUCGGCCUCGCCACGCUGUGUGCAAAGUGGUUCACGAGCACCGCUACCGACUUCACAAUGUCCUCCCCGACAACAACACAAAACUCCGACUCCCCUGCGAAUUACACUUGCGAUAACGUCAAUGCGCUUUCCCACCCGUUCCUAUACCUGCAAUGCACAUACGACGCACUUCCGACGCUCUCAACAGCCGAUUGGUGCAUGAUAGUCCUCCCUAUCGCAGUCUACUGGAUAUACUCCACGUUCCUGUUCGUGCUGUCGUACAUGAAGAUAACGACCAUCGAGCUGCACAAGAUACCCACGGACCAGAAAAUGAGACCGAAAAACAAAAUUACCGUCAGCCAUGUUUUGAAACAGGUUGCGGUGCAACAUGCGUUGCAAGCGCUUGUUGCGUACGUGCUUGCGAUCUUGACGACGGAGGAUGGGGAGGGAGGGGCGAGAAAGAUGGAGAGCGUACCGGUCGUCGUAAUGAAACUCGUAGCAGCCGCGCUCAUGCUGGAUUCCUAUCAGUACUGGAUGCAUAGGUGGAUGCACACAAACCGAUGGCUGUACAGGACCUUCCACAGCGUCCAUCACGAGCUCACCGUUCUCUACGCAUACGGAGCGCUUUACAACCACCCCGUCGAAGGCUUCCUGAUGGACUCGAUCGGUUCAGGUGUUCCUGCCUUGAUCUUGGACAUGCACCCGUGGACGGCAACGAUCUUUUUCUGUCUCGCGACAUUGAAGACGGUGGAUGACCACUGCGGAUAUGCAUUACCUUGGGACCCUUUCCAGAGGUUCUUCAGGAACAAUGCUGUGUAUCAUGACAUCCAUCACUGGGGAAAAGGGCGAUUGUACAACUUCUCUCAGCCAUUCUUCACGUUCUGGGAUGUCUGGAUGGGCACGGACUACGAAAUGGCAAUGCAGAAGAAAGCCCUCGCAAAAGCCCAACAAUCCUCGCCAUCAUCUUCACCCGAGCUCGGUCCCAUCACUGACAUUGUGGAUCUCAUCGAGCCCGAGUCCAUCUCCUCGACGGUACAGACGUCCUCGCACUCGUUGAAGACAACGGCAGUCCGACGCCGUGCACGCUCAGGCACCGUGACGUUGGUAAAUACUCCCCCAGGGGGAACCACCACACUGAAACGUGCCGAGUCGACCGAAUGGCAUUCGGACUCGGCCCUGGGGAGCAGUUGUGGGGAUUCGAACGAUGAGGAGGAGGAGUAAGGGAACUCAUCGUCGACCUCAGCUCGCCCUGCACGACCAAAAACAUCGUCACAUCCCACUGCUACGACAACAUGCGUUACAGCCAUCGCUUACGCGACACAGUAGCUCUUUCGCAUUGCAUCAUUCUUUUGGACCGCAAAACCUAGUGGCUU